UGGGAGUCGAUUUGUUGUGGCAAUGUCUCUCCGCGCCUUCAAAGAGAGCCUUAAACCCUGCCAAACCCAAAACUCCUCGUCGUCGAUUCUGUCCCAAAUCCCAGAACCCACAAUCCCUAGAAAGCCCCCCAAAUCGUCUCUGGCUCAGCAGCUCUUGAGGCUCCAAGAUCCUCUGUCUCUUCAACCACCUCCACCACCGCCACCACAGAAGACCCAGGUGGAGGAUCCCGAUGAGGAGGACGAAGACGACCCAGAACCACAGGGAUGCUCUGGGACUACUAGUAAAGUUAGUAGCUUUCAGUUUGAUCACACAGGACCCUAUGAACCCCUGGUCUUAUCCCAUUUUCCUCUCAUUCAGGUUCCUGCAUCCAUUAACUGCAGAUUGCUUCCACAUCAGAGAGAGGGAGUAAAGUUUCUGUACAAUAUAUACAAGAACAACCAUGGAGGGGUUCUUGGAGAUGACAUGGGGCUAGGCAAAACCAUUCAGACAAUUGCAUUCUUGGCUGCUGUGUUUGGGAAAGAUGGUGAUCGCAUUGAUUCCACAAUUCCGAAGAGAAGUGAAAUAACAGAACGAAACCCUGUUCUCAUAGUUGGCCCCAGUUCAGUUAUCCACAACUGGGAGAGUGAAUUCUCUAAGUGGUCUAACUUUAGUGUUGCUGUUUACCAUGGUGCAAAUCGGGAUUUGAUUUAUGAUAAAUUGGAAGCUCAUGGAGUUGAGAUACUUAUCACGAGCUUUGACACAUACAGAAUUUGUGGCAGCCAGUUAUCAGAUGUUAAUUGGGAGAUUGUUGUUGUUGAUGAGGCACACCGGCUUAAGAAUGAAAAAUCAAAGCUCUACAUAGCAUGUCUAGAAUUUAAAACCUUAAAACGAAUUGGUCUCACUGGAACUAUGAUGCAGAACAAAAUCAUGGAAUUGUUUAACCUGUUUGACUGGGUUGCACCUGGAUCCUUGGGAACACGGGAGCAUUUUCGGGAGUUUUAUGAUGAACCUCUCAAACAUGGCCAAAGAUCAACUGCUCCGGAAAGAUUUGUCCGCAUUGCUGAUGAGCGAAAACAGCAUCUAGUAGCUGUUCUUAAUAAAUAUAUGUUGAGAAGGACAAAAGAGGAAACCAUUGGUCAUCUUAUGAUGGGGAAGGAAGACAAUGUCAUAUUUUGUUCAAUGAGCGAAUUGCAAAAGCGGGUGUAUAGGCGAAUGUUACAGCUACCAGACAUCCAAUGCCUGAUAAAUAAGGACCUUCCCUGUAGUUGUGGAUCUCCUCUUACCCAAGUUGAGUGCUGCAAAAGGAUUGUACCAGAUGGAAAAAUCUGGCCAUACCUUCACAGGGAUAACCCUGAUGGUUGUGAUUCAUGCCCCUUUUGUAUUGUCCUUCCUUGCCUUGUCAAGCUCCAACAGAUAAGUAACCACUUGGAGCUUAUUAAGCCUAAUCCGAAGGAUGACCCAGAAAAGCAAAAGAAAGAUGCAGAGUUUGCCUCUGCUGUGUUUGGCCCAGAUAUUGAUUUGGUGGGAGGCAACACUCAAAAUGAGAGUUUUAUGGGCUUAAGUGAUGUUAAACAGUGUGGGAAAAUGCGAGCACUUGAAAAGUUUAUGUUCUCAUGGAUUGCACAGGGUGAUAAAGUCCUUCUGUUCAGUUACUCUGUCAGGAUGCUGGACAUAUUGGAAAAAUUUCUUAUACGCAAAGGUUAUUGCUUCUCAAGACUUGAUGGUUCCACACCAACCAACUUGCGCCAGUCUCUUGUUGACAACUUUAAUUCAAGUCCAAGCAAACAGGUGUUCCUUAUAUCAACUCGAGCCGGUGGGCUUGGACUGAAUCUUGUCAGUGCAAAUCGUGUUGUAAUAUUUGAUCCAAGCUGGAAUCCUGCCCAAGACUUACAGGCCCAAGACAGGUCAUUUCGGUUCGGGCAGAAACGGCAUGUUGUGGUUUUCCGCCUUCUUUCUGCUGGUUCCCUUGAUGAACUUGUUUAUUCACGUCAGGUGUACAAACAGCAGCUAUCAAACAUUGCUGUUUCUGGAAAAAUGGAGAGACGAUAUUUUGAAGGUGUCCAGGAUUGCAAAGACUUUCAAGGGGAACUUUUUGGAAUUUGCAAUUUAUUUCGUGAUCUUUCAGAUAAGCUCUUUACCAGCGAGAUAUUUGAGUUGCAUGAAAAGCAGGGACAAAGAGAAGGGGAUUGUCAUGGUAGGGAACAAGAAUCAACCAAAAUUACUUGCGUAAAAGAAGUGGGUGUGACAUCUUCAUCCAUGUCUGAGACCACGGAUUCUGAGAAGGCUUUAGCAAGUCAACCUGUGCUUAAAGAUGUGGGUAUUGUCUAUGCACAUCGUAAUGAAGACAUUGUGAAUAAUAGACCUGGAAUGCAAGGGACGAUGGAAAGAGUCAUUCCUUGUAAUGAUAGCCUAAAACAGCCCCCCACUGGUGUUGCUAGGAGAAAGCGACGAGAGGGUACUGGUGGAAAGGAGAAUGUAUCUGUAUCCAUGGAUCGCAAAAGGAUUCAAUUUAGUCUCCUUGCUAAGUUCAUGGGUAUGGGAGAGAUUGAAUUUAGCAAGUGGGUAGUAUCUGCUCCUCCUCUAGAGAGGGAAAAGGUUAUCCAGGACUACAAGGAGAGAAACAAGAAGAAACUCAACAGCGUUGAUUUGUUAUAAGGUUGUGGCAAAGUCAUAAAUGUGACAUCCUCCGAUCGGGAUCAUUUAUGGUGAGACUAGAAUGAUAUUAGAUUGUCUUUGAGGUGCCUAGGACGUUCAAAAGUUGUAAUCUAAUUUUUGAAGCAUUAUUUUCAAAAGUGUGCAUUUGUGCAAAAAUUAACAGCUGAACUCCUUGUACAGUUCUGUAUCUCCAAGAUGUGGUGUUAAUAGAUAUUAUGAAAAA